AUGUGCUGGCUAUGCGCACGGGGCCAAAUCCUCCUGCCAGUUUUCCUCUCCCUCUUUCUCAUCCAGUUGUUUAUUAGUUUCUCAGAGAAUCAUUUUUCCCACAUCUCCGGACACAGAGGCAAGCAGCGACCCAAAUCAGCAGAUGACGACGCAUGUGCCCUAAAGAAAAAUUGUCAAUUGUGCACAGAAAACACUAAAUGUUUUUGGUGUAGUGAAGAAAUGGUUUGCAAAAAAGUUUGUUUUCUGAACUUUGGGCAUCAAAUCAGUUAUAUUUAUUGGUUAAACUGUAGAGUUGACAUGUUUGGAUUCCUGAUGCUUCUACUCAUUGCAAUAUUAACUACAGCAUUCAUUUGGUCUUGCUGCUUCUAUCACUAUUACCUGCAGGAGUAUGUAAUCUCUAUAGUUCUGUAA